AUGGGGCGUGUCCGGGCGCAGCAAGGCGUGUCCGGGCGCAGCGAGGCGUGUCCUGGGGGCGGGGCCGGGCGCAGCGAGGCGUGCCCGGGGGGGCGGGGCCGGGCGCGGCCGGGCGUGGGAUUGGAGGAGGACGCCGCGGGCGGGGCGCCGGUCUCCAGGGAAACCCGACGCUCUGGGGCUCAGGCUGCGGAGCGUCGGAGCCCGCUGCGCGGUUUAGGCCGCCGCCCGGGGCGGACCCGGGGUGGUUCCAAGACAAGAGACAUGGAAGGUGGUGAUUCCUCAGCUGUAUGUGAUGAAGUCCCAAAUAAUGAUCAGCUGGAGGGGGGGAGCAGCGAGCCUGCUGCCUCCGAGGACCCGGGGACCCUGGAGAGCUCCGCGCGCUUCCCCAAAAGGUCGUCGACGUCCGAGGGCCCCCUUAGUGAGCAGAACCUGAAGGAUGCCUACACCCAGCUCACCCAAAGUGUGCAGGAGUGGCGGGACGGCUGUGUAUACCAGGGGCAGUUCGGGCUGGACAUGAAGUUGGGAUGUGGAGAAUUCUCGUGGCCCACGGGCGAGUCCUACCGCGGGCAGUUUUACCGGGACCACUGUCAUGGCUUUGGCACCUACACGUGGCCAGACGGCUCCAGUUUCACCGGCAUGUUUUACCUCAGCUCCCGAGAAGGCUACGGCACCAUGUACACAAAGGCAGGUCGAUUCCAGGGGCUGUACAGAGCGGAUGAGCGGUUCGGGCCGGGCAUCGAGACCUACCCUGACGGCAGCCAGGACGUGGGGCUGUGGAUCCGGGAGCACCUGGUCAAGCUGUGCGUGGAGAUGCCCAGCAGCUUCUCCCUACGCAGGCACCCCGAGUUCAAGGGCUUCCUUACACACCGUCCCGCCACCCUCAGCCUCUCGGACGAGGAGACCAUGCAGUGGGACCUGCAUGAGGACCAGGACCCGUUUUUCUAUGACUAUAAGCGGCUUCUGCUGGACGACGCCCUAACUCUGCCUCCAGAAAUGCACAUCUACUCGACAGACCACAGCCACAUGCCCCUGACGCGCUCUCUGCGCCGAGACCUGGACGCCUGGGUCCUCCGCCACGACGUCCCUCCGCUUGAUGAGGACGGAGAGCCCUGGUUUAUCAGAAACGAGACCCCUUUAAUGGUCAAAAUGCAGAAGCAAGCUUACAAGUUCAGGAACAAGAAGGAGCACACCAGCUGGAAUAUGGGCGCCAUCCUGGAGGGGGACCGGAGUGGCUUCGCGCGCCAUGGGCCCAGGGAGCAGCUUUCUAGGCAGAUGAUCCUGAAGGCUGAGGAAGGGGACUACGACUGGAUUUACGGGGUCCUGAGGGAUGGCCUUGCCAGCCCCGAUGUGGCCGACGCGCAGGGCUACACUGUACUUGCUGCGGCCGCUGUUCACUGUCACGCUGACAUCGUCAGCCUGCUGCUGGACAGCGGGGCCGAUGUGAACAAGUGUACGGACGAGGGCGUCACGCCACUCAGCAUGUGCUUCCUCCUGCACUACCCGGCCAGGUCCUUCAAGCCCAACAUCGCCGAGAGGACGGUGCCCAAGUCCCAGGAAGCUCCAAAACUCUCAGCAACUCAAAGCCAUUCCUCCGCGUUCUGCAAAUCGGACUCACUUCACUUGGUACCUGCCCAAGGCAGCCAGGAGUUCGUCAGCCCGAGGGGCGGCCCCCAGAGACGGGAGUCCACAUCGCCCAAGGGCAGCGUCAGCGACCUGGACGACGUGCUGGGGAACCUGGACAGGUGCACGCUGUGCAGCCAUGAGACAAACUUCGAGUCCAACCUGUGUGUGUACAACCUGUCCCUCAAGCUCUCACAGGACGUCCUGGAGAAGAGCGCCCGGGCGCACAGCGUGCUCAACGUCCCCUCCUUUGGUGAAACCAGCUCAGACAAGGGCACCAUGAGAAAGAUGGCGCUUUCCAUGAUCGAGCACAGAAACAGAUGGCUGACCAUCAAGCUCCUGUUGCACCGAGGCGCUGACCCCAACCUGUGCCGCGUGCCCCUGCAGGUCCUGUUCUUCGCCGUGAAGGCCGGGGACGUGGACGGGGUGACGCUGCUGCUGGAGAAAGGCGCCAGGACCAAGAUCCAGUUCCCCCGUGAGCUGGGGGCCCUGACCCCCCUCCACAUUGCGGCCGCCCUUCCCGGCAAGGAGGGCAUCCGGAUAACAGAGCUGCUGCUCCACGCCAUCACAGAUGUGGACACCAGGGCGGCGGACCAGGACGACGUGUGCAGACUAGUCAAGCUGGACCUGUUGCCUUCAAGCCUGAAGCUCAACAAUGAAGCAGGCCCCCCCAGCACCUACUACAGCGGGCACACGUCUGUCCCCGACGAGGGGGGCAGGACGGCUCUGCACGUGGCCUGUGAGCGGGAGGACAGUGCCAAGUGUGCCAGGGACGUCGUCCGGCUGCUGCUGUCACACCGAGCGAACACCAGCCUGCUGUGGAGUGGCCACUCCCCUCUCUCUCUGUCCAUCGCCAGUGGCAAUGACCUGGUUAUGAAGGAGCUUCUGCGCCAUGGUGCUGACCCCAACCUGCUCCUGACCAAAGGCGUGGGCAGUGCCCUGUGUGUCGCCUGUGACCUCAUCUAUGAGACCCGGAGGAGCCUGGACAGCAAGCUGGCCCUGAUUGACCGGCUCAUUAAUUAUGGGGCUGACAUCCUGAACCCCGUGACACUCACGCAGGGGGACAAGGUGGCUGUGGGCACAGCCGUGGACUACGGGUAUUUCAGAUUCUACCAGGACCGGAAGAUCGCCCACUGCCCCUUCCACACGCUGAUGCCGGCAGAGCGGGAGACGUUUCUGGCCCGGAAGAAGCUCCUGGAUUACAUGGGCUUCCAGCUGCGCCGAGCUGUCCUCGCCAAGGAGAGCCAGUGGGACCUGAAGGCUCUGUACCUGAGCAAGCGAGCGGAGCUGGUCUCCCACCACAGGCAGAAGCAGAAGGGUGCCAGCCUGCCCAACGCGCUGUACCUGCAGAAGGAGGGGCAGAUGCCCUUCUUCAGGUUCUGCUCGCAGUGCGGCCGCUCCGUGGGGGUGCGCCUGGCGCCCUGCGCACGCUGCUACGGCAUCCUCACCUGCAGCAAGAGCUGCAGGGCCAGAGCCUGGACCAGCUUCCACAAGCGGGACUGCGCCGUCCUGCUGGCCAUCGGGAAAGCGUAUAUGCCCCUGUCCAGAGAGCACUCCCAGAAGCCCCUGAAGCGUCCGGGCACAUGCCAGGUGCCUGCAAGCUCCGAGCUGCCGCACAGGUGGAAACUCAACUACAGCGAUGCAUGAGCCGCUGCCCCAGCCGCCCCGGGAGGGAGGACCUGUGCCUCCGGCACUGCCAUGUCUGACCAGAUACGCGACCUGGUGAGCCGUAGGCCCUGCUGCACCCCACUCCGUCAGGAGCUGCGACGCUUUGGGGAGCCCCUCCGAGGACCCGAGUUCUUCCUUCCAGGGCACACUGACCCUGUGCUAAGGGGCCUGCUGCUCGCACUCGGGGCCCGGGCUCCCGGCCGCUGGGCCCUUAGCACGCCAGGCCCCGGGUGACAGACAGCCUUUGUUGAAUGUUUGUCAGGCUGCUGGUGCAGCUGCGACGUCCAAAUAAAGUGACCCUUG